AUGGCCAUGGCCGAUUUUCGCUAUCCGACCUCGCCCCCGCAGAACUUAAAAUCGGCUGGUUCUGGCUCGGCUUCGCAGACCGAUAUGAAUACCAUCGACAGCGACAGGAGCAUCGCCAUGGAGCCGUCCGCCUCCUCUUCGUCCAUAUCCUCUUCCGCUUCCUCGCUUCUCACGGCAUCGUCCACCACAUCGUUCCAGACUUCGCCCUACCUACCGGUCACACCGAAACACACAUUCCAUUCUUUUGAUCCUGCAUACAGCCCAAUUGUCCCCUCCGACAUGGACGCCUGCACAUCCAGGGAGCGCAGCCGUUCCGGUCCGUCGAUGGCCACGAAGACGCUUGGUGUCAGCAACUUGAUCUCGCCCCCAGAGGCCGAACAUUUGGACAGCUUUGAUGUCCACAGCAACGUCCUAGACAGCAAGGCCAAAAACCCCCAACCGGAAUUGUACUCACCUCCCAUCACGCCCCAUGUUCAAAAGAUCGAUACUGUUGUGCAAGGCAACCAGGACCCUAUCCUCUUCCCGGCCGCAAGCGACAACACAGCGACCUCUGCCUUGCAGUCUCGCCCCCUCUUCCCAGACAAAGAAGACGGAAAUCGCAAUGUCCCCAAAACCAACAACCUCGCACUUUUCGAGCUCGUCCCUGCGCCGCCUCACAGCUCUGAGAUGCCCGCGCUCUUUAUGGUGUCCAAUGUCAUGAGCCAUUUCCAGGCGGACCCGCGCAGUUGGCUCAAGGUGCAGAGGGAGCAGCUGAAGAAAGACGACCAGCUCCGACGUGCGGCCAUGCGCUCCCUCUCCCGUACUCCCACCGCAUCGAAGCCAGCGACGUCUUCGUCGGUGCGCCGGAAUUUCUCUUCUCGUGUUCCACGGGCUCGCCCAGCAUCGCAGCCGUCCCACACCACAUAUUCCCAGCGCGAGGAGAUGGCGCUGCUCCAACCGGUUCAGAGCAUCGACAACCGCGUUGCAAAACGGACCAUCCGUACCGCUACCACGCCGCGUGGGAAUCCCCCAACACACAUUGCCCCCCUGCUCAAUGGGACGCCGCGUCCUGCAUCCAGCGGCGGCCAGGGCGGGAAGCGUGUGCCCGGCGCCUCCCCGGAGCCACGAAUCCGGACGUCGGCGCCAAAUCGCGAGGACAAGGACUUUAUGGCGCUCGAGGACUACUGCCCCCCGCUGUCCACGCUACCCGAGCGGACAAACAAUCUCAAAGUCGACUGGAAGGGCACCCCGCUCGAUCUGUCGCGCGACCCCCUCGUGCACCUGCUGCACCGGGACGAGGUCGGCCUUGCCGCGAGCCUCCGCCUGGACUGUGCCACCUAUCUCACGAGCAAGCGCCGCAUCUUCAUACGGCGUCUGGAGUGUGCGCGCACGCCCAAGGAGUUUCGCAAGACCGAUGCCCAGCAGGCCUGCAAAAUCGACGUGAACAAGGCCUCCAAGCUCUGGACGGCCUACGAAAAAGUAGGCUGGCUAAAGCUGGAGCACAUUGCCCGUUUCAUCUAG